CUUAUAUCAACCAUCCGCAUUUCCGUGUAUAUUUUUACCGCACCAAAAUGUAUACCUGUUGAGAAGCGUAUUGUAUUGACAAACUCUAUCUCACAGUCCCAUUGAUAGACAUUUGUGAUAGUUUGACGCUAUCGGGACAUUGCAUUAUAACCGUGUGCCUAAAGUAGGCUUGAUAUUUUGAUGACGAUGCUUGUUAAAUGUGAUUUCAUGGACUUGAUCAUGCAUUAUGGCGUUUAAAAGUCGGAGUUCGUCGACACUGCAGUGAGUUUGGUGCAGGCGCCAACACCAAUCGACAGUGAUCGAAGAGGAAACUCUUGAAACUGCUGCCUCACGCCCAAACAUUCAACAAAAGGCCGGUGGUUUAUAAACAAAAUAUUGUUCUCAUACACUUCUGUAAGACUUUACUCAAGAUAUCGAAGUCCACCGUUAAUUAUAUGACGUAUUAAUCGGAAAGGUAUAUUGACUCUUCAAGGAACACAAGUACCGGGCCCCUCUUAUCAAAGAGUGCAACGCCAAAUGUUCUAAAUUGGAAUUCGGCAAGUGCUUCGAACUGAAUAAUUCCCAGGAUUUCAAAGUUGCUGCUUGGAAAAGGGCGAAUAUUUCGUUAGAGGAGGAUUUGUAAACUGUUGAAUAGCAGGCUGUUCUGCUCGUACAGAGGCUCGGAUUUUGAUACUGUAGGAUCGAAGAAACAGGAGUUUUGUGGUAACCAUGCCUCGUGGAAUCAAUUUGGACGGUGCGGACGAUCUUGCCGCACUGGACACACUCGACGAGGAGACUAUGUUGGAGGCUAUUUGUCGGCGGUAUGAAAAGGACAGGAUUUAUACUUACAUUGGUGAUAUUUUGGUAGCUGUAAACCCCUACAAGCCUGUGGGAAUCUACUCGUAUGAGAAAUCACUUUCCUAUGCCGACCUGAAAUACAGGCAGUCCCUUCCGCCCCACGUUUUCGCUGUGGCCGACAAAGCUUAUAGCUCUAUGAGAAGAACAGGCAUCAAACAAUGCAGUGUUAUCAGCGGCGAGAGCGGGGCGGGGAAAACGGAGACGGCCAAAUACGUCAUCGGGCACAUCAUUAGCCACUGUAAUAGCAAGAAGAGCAACUUGCAGGAAAAGAUUCUCCAGGUGAAUCCAUUGCUUGAAGCCUUCGGAAAUGCUCGAACUGUGAUGAACGACAACUCGAGCCGAUUCGGCAAAUUCCUUCAACUUCAGUUCACAGAAGACUGCCAAAUAGUAGGAGCCAAAAUUGACACGUACUUACUGGAGAAGUCUCGUGUGGUAUCGCAAGGAGAGGGAGAAAGAAACUUCCAUGUCUUCUACUAUCUGUUUGCUGGAUUGACGGAACAGCAGCUCUUGAGUAUACUGCUCUCACCUCCUGAAAAACACAGGACACUUACUGGGAGAGGAGAGAAAAACAUCUACACCAGCGAAGACGAGUUCCUGCAUUGCCAGAAGAACUACGAUGAACUCCAGGAUAUCAUGGAGCUAGUUGGCUUCACUCAAGAGGACAUCUGGAUGAUCUACCGUCUCCUCUCAGCCGUCAUUCAGAUCCCCGACAUCGAAUUCGAUGUUGAUGACGAGACGGGGGGUUCCUAUAUCGUCGAUGAAUAUGUCCUGAAAGUUGUCGCCACGCUCCUCGGUCUAGACCCGUCAGCCCUGGCUACAGCUCUCAUCUCAAAUAUAGUUGAAGCAAGGGGCGAACAGAUCGUGACUUUGAAGAACGUCGGGCAGGCGAACGAUGGCCGGGAUGCCCUAGCUAAGGCUCUCUACAGUAAGCUCUUCAAUUGGAUCGUCAACCAAAUCAACUCCCUCAUCGCUCCCGAUGAUGAUUGCCCGGGAACUAAAGGCUACGAGAUCGGCAUCCUAGACAUCUACGGCUUUGAGAACUUUGGGAAGAACAGCUUCGAGCAGCUGUGCAUCAACCUUACCAACGAACAACUUCAGUACUACUUCAACCAACGGAUCUUUGCCUGGGAGUUGGCCGAGUACGCCGGGGAGGGUAUCCCCAAGCACUCGGUCAAGUACCAAGACAACAUGCCGGUUCUGGACCUCUUUCUGGCGAAGCCGCUUGGUCUCCUUUCACUCCUGGACGAGGAGGCUAGGUUCCCCAAGGGCACUGACGUCACCCUAGUGGGCAAGUUUUCGACCAAUCACAGCAAGAACAGCAACUUCUUGAUGCAGAAGAAGAACAAGGGUAACACGACUAUCUUCGGGGUCAAGCAUUACGCAUCAGAGAUCUGGUACGACUCUACAGGGUUUCUCGAGAAGAAUCGUGAUACAUUCAGCUCUGUUCUAUCUGAAUGCUUGACCAAGUCAGAUAAUGGUCUGGUUAAGUUCCUCUUCGUUCAACAACAAGAACAAAAUAAAAGGGGUCUGGGCACUCCGUUCAGGAAUCAGAAGGAUAUCUUGAUGUGCAAGCCGGCCCCUACGAUCACGAUCAACCCAGGUGUGAGUCUGUCCAGAGAAGCCGCUAGGAAACUAAAGAAACAACUGAAAGAAGAGAAAACGGCCAGAGCUAAAGCAGCCAGGUCCAAGAACCAAAUACCUACCGUAGGAUCCCAAUUCAAGAGCUCACUGACGAGUUUAAUGGAAAAGCUUCUUUCCGCCGACGCCCAGUUCAUCCGCUGUAUCAAACCGAACUCGUACAGCCGACACAACCAGUUCGACCACGAGUUGGUUCUUCGGCAGCUACGGUACACAGGCGUCCUCGAGACUAUCCGGAUCCGAAAGAGCGGAUAUCCAACACGACUUCAGUUCUCGGAUUUCCAGCAUCGGUAUAAGUUUAUUGGCUUCCCACUAACAGCAGACAUUGAUGUGCAUCCCAAAAAGUGCAAGCAAAUUCUCGAAGCGGCUGGUUGCACAGACUAUCACAUAGGCAAAUCAAAGGUCUUCCUCAAGUACUGGCACACGGAGAAGUUAGACACUCGAAUGGAUCAACUCCGAGCUCAGGUAGUCACGUGUCAACGCGUUGUUAGGGGGCGUGCCGCUCGCCUUCGUUUCACCAUUCUUCGAGAACGAAUACACCGGGACCUGGCCGAUACGGCGUCAUUCUUCAACGAGAUUGAGAGAAGAUCGGAUCGCAGUUACGCAGCCAUGGUCAAGUUGGAUAGACAAGAUAAGGAGCGGUUCGACCAAAAGAAAAGACAGAUGAUUCUUGGUGAGCUACGGGUUCGAACCGAUGUCCGCCAGAAGCAGAUCCAGCAGGAGAACCGCCCACCCCCAUCGGUUGGGCAGCAACCCACCAGCCCCAACAGCAAUGGCCAACGGGGAUUACACCCCAACCAGGCCCAGCACCAGAGGAGGGCUGGGCCACCACCUGUAUCGCAGAAACCCUUGGGGUACGGCGCGAUCGGGGCGCUGAAUGGGGCUCGAACCGAUAGGUCACAGAUACCGACCAGCAAACCACAGGUGGAUGAGACAGGAGCAGGGAGACAUGUUGGUGAGAGGCAUGUUCAUUGGCCGAGAAGGAAAGAAGAACCCAGUCUUAUACCCAGGGCAAUUCAAGGAAAAUACAUAAAUGGAGAGGAAAUCAUCAACGAGUUGACAUACAGCAUGCAGGACAUCGGAACCGAGGCGUGGUGCAAAGUCUACUUCAUGGAGAAACGAUGUCGCCUGUCCGACUACCAAAUCAAGUCACCCGCCAUGAUCGUUGAUGGAUACGCCUUCCAACACCCCGGCAGACUUGGAUUCGGUGCGCUGGCAAACCCACUACGGGAUCCAGAAACCAAGAAGGUACGCGAACACAUCGGGAAGGGCGUUCAGUUAGAGAUAGAUAGCGAAGGAAACGUCUGGGCCACGAGACUAGGCAAAAAUGAGGUCUUCGUCAAGGGGUGCUUUGAACCCGAGAACCACUGCAUCUCGGCAGAAGUAGUUGCAAGCAUGGGACGUCUGCCACGCAACCAAGCUAUGAAAGUAUUCGACAUUGUAGAGUACAAGGCGCAACUCGCUAUUGAGGCGAAGAAAGGCAAUGGUCAAAUCGACCACCAUCGACUGAAGAAACUGAGCAUCGUUUCUCUAAGCUUCGUCAAAGAUAAGGUGGAGGAUUUUAACACACCCUGCUGGAUUUCCUUGGUUGUCCUCCCCGCCAUUAGAAUGGACAAUCCCAAAGUACUACGAGAUGUUGGUCGGUUCCUGAGAGCCUUCCGUACAGCUGCACAGAUCGAGGCAACCCUCAUGGGAAGAGAGUCAAGUCGAAAGUGGGCUCGAGUCAACAAAAGAAGCUCUAACUUCGACAGGGAAAAUAAGACAGACGGGAGGAGAAAGAGGAUCGAGGAUAUGAAACAGGCCAAGAUUGAUAAGAGACCAUUCCACUACAGCUGGGAGGCAGAUGAUGACGAAGAUUUGGGUCUGUCUAACCUGAGUGUGACUGCGAUGGACCGCGAUGGCCGCAACUCUGCCUACAGUGACACAGGAUCUAUCUACUAUAACAGCGAGGCAGGGGAUUCCCCGGGUUACGGAGGGAGAUCAAGUAAGAGGAGAUCAGUCUUCAGGGCUGUGUCCAUCAGGAAUGCCAAUGCUUUUCAGCAACGCAACCUCCGUUCCUCGUACGAGCGCAACGGCGAAGCCGUGGAUGACGACGGUCCAGUCACGUCCAACUACAGCGGUUACGACUUGGAGAAAAAACGGGAAUGGGCCCGUGUCAAACUCAUCAAGAAAGAGAGAAGAAUAAGCGAUGAUAAUUGAACCUAAACAAUUAGUGUUUACAGGUUUAGAGAGUGAGUUUAACCUAGGAGUUAAUGACGAGCGACUCUCGUCCUUUUGAGGCCUACUAGGGUUAUUGUAUGAAGACGUAUGAACUAUAAACCACUCCAGAAAUGUGUGGUUUCGGAAGAAGUCGGAUAGGAAAUUGAGAAAGAGUACAAGAACGUUGCUCUUUGACUAAGGCAUAAUGCCAGAGUGGAUAACGUCCCGAAGCGACUGCCAAUUAUUCAGUAUUGAAUGAGCUUUCGUAUUCAUACUGAACCCUUUUGCAGUGCUUCUAAAGCAAAGCUAGGGGGCAUAUAGCUGGCCUAAGCUUAACCUUUGCAAGAAAUCUCAUCUUUGUAGAACAUAUUUGCUCUGAAUGUUUUAUCAUUAUAGAUGUUUGUAAGUUCAUAAAUAAGUGUAAGUCUGCAUAUAAUUAAGUUUAUUUCCGCCCAAAGUUAAUGACCAAUAACAAUGUUUAACAUGUUUUACUCUUCAAAAAAAAAGAUGUACUAUUAUCUAAUGUUUUGGUAAACAGAUUUUUAAAAUGUUUAUUUUAAAGAAAGGAUGAAAACUAAAUAGAAUAUCCUUUAUGAGACAUAUACUUGCCCUUUACAUGUACACUGUUUUUAAUAUGGUGUAUAUUACACAGUAAAUAAGCAAAGAGUAAGAAAAUUGAGACUGUUUACUUUUCCAGAAAUUUCACAUCAAUUGUUUUAUUGGUGAACACUUCUGCAGUAAUACUGAAUAUAGAACGUACAUUGAGAAAUUCCAUUAAUCACAAAAAAUACGUUAUGAAUUAUGUGCUCUUACUACUUACAAAAAUAGAUAUUGUUUAGACCAGAUAAACAACACACUUUUACUUGAUUACAUUUCGAUUGAGGGCACUAUCGACAAAACUUGUAUUACUUCAUGCACCGUUUAAAAUCACACCAUAUUGCAGGUCAUAUUACAUAUGGUAACAAGUCAAAAUGGUAUUGGCUAAUGCUGGGUCAAAAUGGUACAAUUUUGAUAGCAGAAUCGUCCGCCAGAGAUAUUUUGGCUAUAAAAUUAUAUCUCCAAAAUACCAUCUAGACUCAGCAUUACAUUUUCACCAAAUUUUGAGUGAAAAACACCAUUGCAUAGGGGACAUUUAAAGAGCAAACCAACUGAUCAAAUAUCAAGGCAGUCACAAAUUUGACUAAUAUAUGACAUCCAUAACCAAAUGAAAUUUCUUUAUGUAAGAACACAUUUCAUCAAAUGAGAAGACCAUUAGAAGGGUAUGGCUUCCAUAUAUUAAAUCCACAAUCUCCAAAUAUCAUAUGUAUGUAUAUGUCUAUAUAUAUAUAUAUAUAUAUAUAUAUAUAUAUAUAUAUACUCUUUAUAAACAAAGAAGGUGAUAUAAUUCUCAGCUGAAAGAAGAUUAAAAUAUAUAUUCUUCGAAAUUAAAAUUUGGCUGAAUCAACUUAUAGACGUGACUUUGAAUAUAUCUCAAUAUACUUUAUCAAAUUCAAUUUCAGUCAUAAGAAAGGUAUCUAUUUUUUUAAUUAAUCAGCAUUUGUCAUUUUGCAGCACUUUUCGAUGCUUCAAGUUUCCAUGUAAACUAAAAAAGGCAGCUUGCAGAAAUCAUUUUUCAUAAUACUUCUUUCUUGACUCAAAAUUAUAUAUGUUCAGUAGCAAAAUGCAACAUGCAUGAAGACUGAACUAUCAAUUUAACAUUUCCAGUUGCCAUGGUAUAAAUCACUUCAUGCAACACAUAUGCAUGGUAUUAUACAAAUUUAAAAUGAAUAUAUAAUAAACCAGGCAAGAUAGUGUAAUAUCAUAAUUAGUGAUGAUCAGAAAACAUAAAUCAGUGAUGCAUGAAAUCCAUUGAGAGGAAUUUAAUUUUCAUUCAUAAAUGGGUUUCAACCAGAAUCAUCUCGGGUGUUCAGUUACAUUAAUAUUCAACAUGUUAACGAAACCUCAGUGCAUGCACAUCAUAUGUUUCUACAUGUAGCUUUUAAAAUAUAAGCUGCUAUUUGUAAUUUUAAUUUGGUACUGCAAGUAAUACCAAACCUGAUGAUAAAUCACACAUUAUAAGUACAAAGUGUCAGAAGUAGAUUUGCUUAAAGGUGAUACUUGGUGAAUAUACAAAGUCAUGAUUCUUUAUUCUCUUACCUAGUUUUAAUGAUGCCAACUUUUUAGAGGCUGGUUACACCCUCUGCAGUCACGACUGGCCAAUCACAUUCUUGUUCUAAUUUGAAUGAAGUGCAUUGACCAAUCAGAUGAUUGCUUUGUAGGUGGGCCUUCAUUAGUGACAUCACCGUCAGAUAUUUGUUCUCAUCCUAAAUUUUAUGUCGAUAUCCAGUUCAUUUUAUCUUAGAAGAGGAUGUUAAGUUUUAAUAGAAGCCUAAAUUGAAUACUCUAUUAUCUAGAUAAUCCAUUUGUAUAUAUGAAAUUAAAUGAUGGUUUCAGUAUAGGGACAUAUGAUCCGAAGCAGAAUGAAUAUGCAAUGAUAUGCCUAUUAUGUAUGCAAAGUGAUGUUCUAUUCUUAGAAAGACAAAAAACAACAUGUAAUCAUAUAAUAGUAAUUUUAUGAUGAACAAAUUGUAUUAUAACAAAAAAAUUGUGAAUUUUUGACAGAGAGAAUGUAUAUGUUUGUUUGAACUAUUGACAGUACUAUAAGAUCUGGGAUUUUGAUAUGUACAAAUGUUUAUUAAAAGGGAAAAGCAAAUACUUUAGUGACAUGUAAAUAUAAUAGGACAGUAUUUAGUUACCGUAGAUUAUAUAUAUAUAUAUAUACAAGGUAUUAUCAAUUAUAGUUGUAGAUCAUGCAAAGACAUAAUUUGUAGGUGAUAUAUAUCUGAUGAUAGUUGGAUAUUUAUCAAUGUUUCUUUAGCAAUUUAUUUUGGUGCGCAUUUAAUGAAUGGGUGAACUUUACAUAUACAAUGUGUUAAUUUUAAGAACUUAACACCAUCAUUCAUUGUACAUAUAUUUCAAGGAGUGUUAUAUUUUCUAAUUUAAGAGAGAGAGAAAAGGGCGUUUUUUGACAAGCUUUAAGUAGCUGGAGAUCAGGCCAUAGGAAAUUUACAUGAUAGAGUCUUCAGGUAGACAAUGUCUAUUAAAGAAAGCUUAUUUGAGUAUAAGAAAUUCCUGAAGUUUUGCAAAUUAUAUUACGCAUCAUAUCUAAAGACUAGCGGCAAGUACACAUAGAUAGCAUCUCAAAUAACAGAUAAUGAAAUAGAUGAUAUUCUUAUUUUGUACACAAUGAAAUAAUGGAAUAAAUAUUUUGAUAAACAAA